CGCGCCAGUAAGUUUUAGCCUCGCUCUCGUCAUCUUCUUUCUCUGUAUAUUGCUCCGCAGGCGUGUAUGUGCUGAAUUACUAAUACGGCUAUUGAAAUUUCUGCAUUUUAGCUGCACAGAACAUGAAAGGGGGAAGGAAGAAUCUCAAGAGGGCUGUUGAGGCAGAGAUGAUGGCGCUUCAACAAGGGCAAAACAUAAUGCAGGUUGUCGAUUUGAGGGGCUCUAAUCUGAUUGAGGUAAUGGAUGCAAAAGGGCAACAUCUACUAGCAAUAUUUCCAGCAAAAUUCCAGAAAAGUAUGUGGAUCAAGCGAGGGAACUUCGUCGUUGUAGAUGAAAGUGGGAGAGAGGAGGCCAUUGAAUCUGGCAGAAAGGUGGCUGGCAUCCUCACUCAAGUGCUUUACCACGAUCAAGUUCGUCUGCUCCAAAAAUCCUCUGAAUGGCCAGAGAUUUUCAGAUCCUCGUCUCAGGAGAGCUCAGCGCAAGGUACCCCCAAUCAAGUAGAUGUAUGUUUGAAUGAUGAUGAAUGUUCGACCGAUGAUGAUGAUGAAGGGCUUCCGCCUUUGGAAGCAAAUACAAACAGAGUGAAUCCUUUGCUGUUGCAUUCGGAUGCAGACUCUACAUCUGAUUCUGAUAUUGAGAAUGAUUCUUAGUUGAUUCAAUUAUGUAUUGAAUGUAUGACAUUUGAUUUGCCCAUUUUGUAGUAGUGUUUACUAAACAAAAGAGCACAUGAAAAUUGCAUUUUUUUCAUUUCA